AUGUACAAGGCCCAGGUUCGUAGCCUCGGCAUCCACUACUUCGCGCUCUCGAUUGUGCCGGAUGGCGAGGACGACAACGACCUGGAGCGUCGCCUGCGAGAUCCUCAGAUCGUGCUGAACUGCUUCAACCACCACUGCGCCAAGCUCCUUACCUUUUUGCAGGAGCUGCACGAUCACACCGCGAGCGGCGACAGGGACCCAACAGGCGCAGAAGAGUUCGACGUAGACAGCCAAACCAACCGCCCGCAAGUCCGCGUAGAAUGCGACCGCCUGACCGCUCUCAUGGACGGAGUCCGUACCUGGCAGCAGACAUUCGACGACGAAAACAUUCCCAGGACGUACGCCGAACUACCAGCCUCGCUCGAAGAAUACCGCUGGCUAAGCUUCGACGACAAACAAUCCGUCUUCAACCCCAUGGCUCUGCAGUUCGCGCCGGUGCUGUUCUCGUUCGCCCUGCCCGCCAUGCAGUACCAAGCGACGCUCCGGGACAAGAACAUGAAGUACUACCUCUGCCUUUGCUUGACGUACACCGCGGCGGCUUUGGUGAACUACCUCAUCGUGCCGAGUGAGGAGGCGAAGAGGCUCGAGCUGCGGUUCGGAGUGCAAGGUGGUUCCAUUGGCCCUGAUGCUGAGGGAUUUGGGCAGCACGUGAAAGCGUACAGGGCUGAGUACAAUCGCCAUAUCGCGAAGUUGAUCGCGGAUGAUCCUCAGGCCGGGUGGCAGCUCAUGCAGGACCACUCGCUCGUUCAGGUGUUGCCGCUCGAGCGGCCGGGGGCCGAAUGA